CAUAAACGCAAGAAAGACACUAUGGAAGACUUGAGACUUGACUUCGCAUUGUGUGCUAGUUCCCGCCAACCGGACGUUCCAGCGUUUAUCAUGCACGCAUAGCUAUCCCGUGAGUAUCAACUUGCCAGAGGCCUGUAUAUGAUUAUCUCAUAAAAACCUCCGAAGCCACAUCGCGGGCAGAAGCAUGGACAACGCGAAAGAAGCACGCGCGGAGGUCACCCUGCUAGACGUCCUCCGAAUACUUGAUGUCAAGGCUUUGGAUCGCAUGUUCAAAACGCGCACGCACUGCGAUUUUUCGGGCGCUCGCCUUGCGUGCCGCGCCCUCCGAGCGGCACACGACCUCGCUGUGCGCCUCUGCGUCGUGCGCGUUUCGCAGCGCACCGCCUUGAACUGGCGCCCUGGCCAACUCUCGCCGCUGGCGCUCUUCCCGCACUGCACCAGCCUGCGCCUGGAGCUUGUCGCGGACAAGGAGGAUUUGCUGCGCAGCCUCGCCGAAGACGAGGAAGAGCCGGUGUGGUUUAGCCAAGAGGCGCUUGCGCGCAUGGCACUGCUAGGCACCUCGGCGGAGGCCCGCGCUCGCCUCACCAACCUGGGCGUCAGCAUACCAUGCGUCUACGGCAGCGGCACCGCCCUCGACAUCGCCGGUGUGCUGGCGGCGCUGGCACCGGACCUGCCAGCCCUGCAGACGGUCGACGCAACUGAUGGUGACAACAGCUUGCUCGGCAUGGGCGCCGCCGGCGACCACGUGCGCUCCACGAUCCUGCACUCCACGCUCUCCACCCACACGCCGCAGCUGCGGGAGUUGACGCUGCCCUCGGCCCCGGGCCUGCUCCGCGGCGUGGCGGCCCUGGCGGGCUGCGCACGCCUACAGCACCUGCACGUGAGCUGCCUCAAUGACCGCUCGGAUGCAGUGCUCCUACGCGCGGAGGAGGUAGCGGGCCUGUCGGCGCUGCCUGCCCUCAAAACUCUGCACCUGUGCUGCCACGACCCCAGUCCUGGCGGCGACAACCUCGCCUCUCUCCUGGGUGCCCGCCGCCCGCCCGCACUGCGGAGCAUACGCCUCUACCCGUCCGUGGCGUGGAAUGCCGGCGCCCCCGAGCGGCAGCUUGGGCUGUCAGCCAUCACCGCCGACUUCGUGCCAGGGCAGCGCCGCAUUGAAUACCUAUCCACAGACCACGCAUUCUUUGACAGCAGCAUAGACAACGAAUUCAACGCGGCUGUGGUCGAUCGGCUAGCUGGGGUGUUGCUGGCGGCAGUCGCCUCCGUGCCGCGGGACUGCGACGGUAUUGGCUGCCUGCGCCUGCAAACAUACAUGGUCUCCGAACCGGGGAUAAGGCGAUAUGGUGCUGGCGAGAUGGAGGAUGGCGAGGAGGACGCCGAUGAGCAGGGCCCGGUGGGGCUGGGUGCUGGUGCCUUGGAGGCGCGACUGGCACGCUACUUGGGGCCCGGCGGGCGCCUGCCGCAGCUGCUAGCGCGGUGCACGAGCGUUGGAGUGGAUUUCCUUGACGCCUCGGAGGCGGUGUCGGCGGCAGCGGUGUGCGCUGUGCAGCGCGUGCUGGGAUUGCCAACCAAAGAGCUGAUGCUGCACCACGGCAGCUGGCAGCCGCGCGCGGCGGACCCGGCUGUCGGCAGCUGCGCCAGCAGCACUCGUGAUGCAAUGCAGUUGCUGCAGAGGGCGCGGCAGCCGGGGGGUCACGGCCUGCAGCUGGGCACUGCGGGCGCGGAGGGCGUGUUGCUGGAGGCCAUGGAGCGGCUGUGGAGGGUGGUGGCCAAUGCGCCUGAUACGGCGGCUGGGCAUGAGCAACGGACGCGCGGCAGCAGCAGCAGCAGCAGCAGCAGCAGCGGCAACAGCUGCGUCGUGAUGAUGCGCGCGGUCUCGCCGCUGGCAAGACCGCCUGCGCCGCUGGCGCCGCGAGUGGACUACCGUGACGUUGACCGCGAGGCAUGCGCAAGCAUGGCGCAACUGUUAGAUGCCUUGCUGACACCAGCAGCACCAGCGGUGGCCACGGGCGCCGCAGCAGCGGUACAGUUAGAGGCGGCUUCAUCCAGUGGCGCCGUCACUAAGCCCGGCCACCGGCUGGACGCGGACCGCCCUUUCGCAAGUGUGCCCUGCGCCGGUGUGAUGCUGGUGGAGUGCGCGCCUACGGAGGACGCAGCCGCGCUAGCAGAGCAGCUCAACGCCGCAGGCGCGGCUGUGGGCGCAGGCGGCGGCGGCGCCGGCACCACAGUAGCCGCGGUGGUCCUGCCGACCAGCCUUGGUGCCUGCUGGGAUGUUUGUGGGGACUACACGCUCUGCGUGCGCAUGGUCAAGCUUGCGGUCCUGACGGUGCUUCUCGAGCUGUGGGUCGGGGCUGAGGCUCAAUCUGCGGCCGAUGCCGCGGCUGCAAGCAAGUACGCCACGGGGGCCUGCGGCGGCAGUGGCAGCGGCGGUGGCAGCGGCGCUCCCCGGCACGGCCUACACGGUGCGGCCCUGGACCGCGUGCGGCGGCUGUUGGAGCUGGAUGCGUCGGCGGCGGCGCUGUGGCGCCUCAGUGGUGGCUAGGGAGGGGACGACGAGGGCUACUGGGACUGUUGUGGCGGUUGCGUGUCUUUACUGAUGCGUGUGUGUGCAUGCGAGUGGCGCUGUGCAGCGCGAGGCCCCGAGGAAGAUAGGGCCCGGGCCAUCAACCGCCGUGAUCAGGCGCCCCAGCAGGCUUGUGUACGGUAUCGUGGGGUUGUACAUGUGGGCAGGCCAGGACGCCGCAUCACGACUUGGGGGAAUCGCCUUCUGCAAUGAAAAUGCGGGUGCGAUGGGACUGCUGCGGGGAAGGAUAAGGGCGAGGCUGCUGUUGCCCGUGUGUGGGAUGUGGGUUCGGGGCAUUGGCCCAGGGCAGGGUGAUGCGCAUGCCAUGCUUCAGGUACGGCCCGCCACCCUAUGCACUUGAGCCACAGCAGGCAAGACAGCGAGGUCAGAGCAAAGCAGCAGCGCAGGUGCACGGGUAGGCAUGGUACAGUAGGCGCGAUACGGUUAGCCGGGCCCUGGGUGGCGGUGACACUCAGGGGAGGUGCUUCAAGGAGGAGGAGUGGGUCAAGCCAGUCGUGAUACGACGUGAGCGCGCCACAAUGCCCUGGUAGUAUACUAUGCAAGGGCGCACGAGGCUUUACAGGUCCGUUGUAGGUGUAUCAGGCCUGAGGGACCGGAACUAAUGGUAUGCGACAGGGAGUUGGCUGCCAGCCUGCCGCCACGUCGUGGGGGCCGAAUGCAGGCUCCAUCACCUCCAUGUAGCCAGCAUUUGGACGCGAAAGUCAUGGGUUCGGUCCAGGAGCUGGCUGAAAGGACCCUAGAGCACGAUGUCCCAUAGCCAGGGUCCUGGGAGUCGAGAGUGCAUCCGGAGAGUGCAGGCAGCACUGCAGCAGUGAUGCGGCAAGGUCUCAGUCACAAGAGUGGACAGUGGAGAGCAGGAACGCGCCUAGUCAUGAAACAUGUAAGCAUGCUCCAAG